AUGAACUUUAUUUAUUUUAAUAUAUUAUUUUUCUCACUCUUUUUAGAUACAUUUAUAUCAUCACAUACGAAUAUUCCAAGAACUAACAAUAAUAAUUCGAAAAAUGCCGCAGUUAAUAAAACACCCGUAAAUACAAUUCCAGAUGUUAUUACAUUAGAUUAUAUAAGAGAACAAUUAAAACAAAUUCAACUAAUAAAAGAUGAAAUAAUCAAAGAUAAAUUAAAAAAAAUUAAAUUACUAAAAAAGAAAUAUAAAAAUAAAAAUGAAGAUAAUGAUACUAAGCGUGAAAUUGAAAAAUUAGAAAAAGAAAUAUUGGAUACUAAAAUAUUAUGCGAAGAUUAUAUAAAAAAUGAAUUGAAAGAAAUCUCAUUAUUAAAAGAUGAAAUUGUAAAUGACAAAAUAGAAAAAUACCACUGGAAGAGAGAUAAAUUAAUAGAUUAUGAAUUAAACAAACUUUUCUUAGAAGACAAAAGAAAAAAAAUGUUAGAAUCAUAUGAACAACAUGUAAAAGAAGAAUUAGAAAAGGAAAAAAUGAAAGAGAAAAUAUUAAAAGAAAAAAAAAUUAAGAAAAAAUUGAAAAUUGAAAAAUUCAAAAAUGAAAGUAUUAUUUAUAAUAUAUAUUUAAAUAUGAAAUAUUACUUAAUUGAAUUUAGAAAUGAUGUUAUAGAUAUAGAAUUAGCAUGCCCAAAAUAUUUUCAAGAUUUAUUUAAAAAGAAGAAAGGUAAAAGAAAAACAUUUUUCGAACUAUGGACGUUAUUUAAUGAAAUAAUGGAAGAGAAAGUUCAUAAAUAUCAAAUAGGAGGAUAUACAAUGGGAAUAGGAAUAAUUUCAGGAAUUGCAAAAUCUAUACAUUCUCUGAUGCCUAUACCAGUAGUUCCUGCUAAAAAGGCUUUGUGUGUAUUUUUUAUUUCACCUGAUCCCGCUACAAAAGUGACAGCCAUUAUAAUCAUUGUUAUACUUUUUAUAAUACUUUUAGUUUUCUUAUAUAUCAUACAUAGCAAAUAUGGUAUAUUAUUAAAAGAGAACCUAAAGAAAGUUAUAACACGAUUAGAAGAUUAUUAUAACUCACAAGAAGUUCUAUAUAUUAUUUGA